AACUGAGAAAAAAACAGGAACCAGGAGCUCGGAGGAGGCGCAUCUUGGCCACCGGGGGGCGCACCUCCUCUAAGGCCACCCCUCAAACAAACCCGAAACUCUGGAUCUGAAGCAGCAGGUGGAAAUUAAAAAAGAAAGAAAGUUAGAGAAGCAGAAAAGGUGUGAAGAGCAGACAAGGUUUAUAUCAGCUGUUACAGAGAAUGACAAGGAGGAGGAAGGAGGAGGAAGGAGGAGGAAGGAGGAGACUUAGUUCUGCAUUAGACGUUGUGAAAGAGUGACGACAGGAAACGGAUGAAACACUCAACGUCUCUGCAUCACACCACAAACUCGGUGAGGACGAUAGAGGCGAAGAACAGCAAAGAAGGAGGUGAAAGAGGAGCAGAGAAAGAGAGCAAGAGGAGGGGAGGAGACAGGACGAGGAGGUGAAGGAGAGCAGAGGACGGGGACAGGAAGGAGGAGAGGAAGCUGCAGCCAGAAGAGGAAGAAGAAAACUGGUGAGAAGGAGAUAAGGCCCUGAACGAGGAGAGAGGAGGAGGAGGAGGAGGUCAACAAGAGGAGAGACGGCAGAAGAAGGAGGAAGAGGAUAUACAAGAAGGAGAAAGAGGAGGAGAAGCAGGACGAGGUGAGGAGAGGAGGAGAGGAGGAGCAGAGUCAUGGAGGAGGACAUCAGGAAGCAGGGGAUGCUCUUCCUCCAGCAGCAGAGGUUUGGAAAGAAGUGGAGGCGAAUCUGGUGCGUCCUCUACAGAGAAAGUUCCUGUUCCAUCUCCAGACUCGAGUUCUUCGAGUGCAACAAGGAUGCAGCCAACGCGGAGAAGAGCGACAAGAGUCUACGCAAACAGCAGGAGCACAAGAAGGUGAUCCGUCUGUCCGACUGUAUCCGGGUGACGGAGGUGGACAUGGACGGAUGUCCCCGGGACACCGGCUCCUUCCUGGUGGAGACGACGGACAAAAUCUACACGUUUGCUGCCGAGAGGAAAGAACUGGAGGACUGGACCCACAAGCUGUGUGAGACGGCUUUCCCUAUGAGCUGGACGGACCCCGGGGUGAAGAGAGGGAGUCUACAGAGAGGAACCAGGGUGGACGAAGACGAAGGAAUGGAGGACAACUCACUGUACAGCGGCCGAGAGACAGUGCGUGACUUCAGAGUUUGUGUGCGGAGGACGGAGGCGUCAGACCGCUGCAGACUGAAGGGGGACACCGUCCUCAGAGCGGACAGGGACGCUCUGCACCUGCUGGACAAGACGGGGGACAUCCUGUACACCUGGCCGUACAGAUACCUGCGACGCUUCGGCCGGGACAAGUCCACCUUCUCCUUCGAGGCCGGGCGCCGCUGUGACUCUGGGGAGGGAAACUUUGAGUUCGACACCAAACUGGGGAACUCGCUGUUCCAGGCGGUGGAGGCGGCCAUCAACCUGCAGAAGACCUCCCACCCCCACCGACAGACGUCUGGGGGGGGCCAGGUGAGUCCAGACACCACCCGCCACCUGAACCUGCCCCCCCCACCCCUCAACCCGCCUCUGGGCCAGGGCAGGACGCCUCCUCCACCCCGAAACCAAGUCCCACAAUGCACUGCUGCACAGGCGGGUGAUGGAGUCUACAGCAUGGUGACAGAACCUCCUAAACACCACAAAGACAGUAGCACUCCUCCUCUUCAUCACCAUCCUCCUCCUCAGCAGCAGCAGCCACAGCGCCCCCCCCUGACCCGUCUGGAGCCUCCAGUCGACAAAACUCUGACCGGGGUGAAGAGUUUGACUCUGGACACUCGCGGUGCGCCCCCUCCCAGGAAGAACCAGGUGAAGAUGAUCUCCAGCUGCCCUCUGCCCCAUGAGUCCGGCCCCAGCCUGGCCCCGGGUCCCGGCCCCCCCCCGAACCCCCGCCACAGCCCCAAACUGAGCUCCACCCCGAGCCAGGACCAGACAUACUCCCAGAUCUCCAUGCCGACCCGCCGGGAGAAGAGGACUGUUGUUCCCCCUCUGAUCACCAAGGAGCCGGAGUACUCCCUCCCCUUUGACAACCUCACCCAGAGCCCGGGGGGGGACGUCCUGGGAGCCCCCCACCAGGACCGCUGCCGGUCCGGGGAGUUGGUGGCCGCCGACCCGCUCUACGACAGCAUUGACGAGAUGAAGAUCAGGAACGUGUUCCACAACGAGCCCAAGCUGGAUCACAUCUACGACGAGCCCGAAGGCUUUGCCAACGCUACCGCUAAGGCCGCCGCCGCCGCCGCCGCUGCCACCGCCGCCGCCACCGCCGCCGCCGCCGCUGCCUGCCUCUACGAUGACCCUGAAGAAAUGAGAGGAGGCGCCUGGAGGGUCAUGGGAACCACCGCUGACCCUAAAGGUCACGAGUACCCCUACAACGCCCGGGUGGACGACUACGCCGUACCCAAACGAGCCCAGAGAGCAUUUCCUGCCCCUCAGAGCACCAGCGAAGAAGAAGAGGAGGAGGAGCAAGGAGAGGGGGAGGAGCCCGGGGAAGAGGAGUCCUCAUUGGAAGGGGAGGGGCCAGGGGAAGGGGAGGGGCAAGAUUCACCGUACAACAACGUGAUGGUGAAAAUAGGUUAGAGAAGAAGAACCACAUCGUCUUCAUUGUCCCUUCUUAAACCUCAUGAAUCUGACCAGCUGGACCUGGUCCCAGUCCUGAACCUGGACCUGGACCUGAGGUGUCCAUGGCUCAGACGCUGGAUCAGGACCUGGUUUCAGAAGUUGGAUGAUGAAUCUGGUUCCUGUUGUUUUCUUUCAGAUUUAUUUAUGAGCUCCAUCUGUGACAAACUGUUAGUGUCUUUGCUUUAAAUAAAAUAAAUCAAAAUAAAA